AUGGAUACCAACAAUGGUGACAAAUCAAUCUCUCUUCGCGUCACCGAUUUCAGUUCAUUACCAAAGCGGAUGCUAGCACCCAUUGAAGGCUAUGAAAGCGCGCCACUUGUAUCAAUUGAAGAUGCAGUCAAGCCUCUCGUUAGUAUCGUACCAAAAGUCGAACGUAAUGUACACAUUGUCAAACAGAACUGUAAAAACCCAGCAGAUGGAUUAACAAUUGAUGAAUCUGCUUCAAUUAUGCUCUAUACGUACGAAUCAAUGCCUCAUGAACACUCUCUCUAUGUCAUUCUCAAUGAAACAUUACGCUCCGAAGAAAGACAAAAACUAAUGCCUUGGUUUCGAUAUUUACGACUUGUGUUGACAGCACUGACUCGCCUACCAUCCGAACGACUUUUCGUUAAUAGAGGAGUCCCAAAAGACUUACAUGCAGAAUAUCCAAAAGACAGUACUUUUAUUUGGUGGGGAUUUUCAUCUUGUACGUCGUCUGUCGAGGUGUUGGAAUCCGAAAUGUUUUUGGGCCAAACUGGAACCCGUACUUUAUUUCAAAUCGAUUGCCAUACAGGAAAGAAUAUUAAAAAUCAUUCAUUUAUGUCUAAGGAAGAUGAAAUUCUUUUGCUUCCGGCCAGACAAUUUGAAGUUAAAUCUUGUCUCAAUUCUGGUCAUGGACUCCAUAUAAUACAUGUUAAAGAAAUAGAUCCAAAGUAUCCAUUACUUGAACCCGUCUCUGUACCGUCAAAUACAUCUUCAGGUAGUGAUUCAUUUUGA